AUGAGAAUUUUUCGACAAGCUUUCGAAUAAUUAGGAGGUAGCAGAUCACGCACAAAAUCUGAUCCUCGUUAACAAGAAGAUAUGUGUGUAGUACCACCAGAGGAAUAUUUCAAAUUAGAUCGUCCUCAACCACUUACAAGACAAUUUUUCACAAUGCUUUCUACUCUUGAAUAAAAAAUUGUUAAAGAAUGCACUGUUGAACGUGUUAAUCAAGUAGUGCAAAUGUAUUAGCAAUGCAUAGAGUUUUAUGACAGUCGUAAAGAUGAUAUUAAAUAUUACUUUGUUGAUAAAAUCUAAAAUGCACUUUAUGAAAUGCAAUAAAUUAGCUGUCUAAAAACUAGACUUGUUACUGAAGUAUAAUCACCUGUUAAUUAAAAAAUUAAUAAUCUAUCACCUAUUCUAAUAGAAGAAGAUGAGCAUUAUAUUCGAAAUAAAAAAAAAGAAAAAUCUAUUAAACUUGCAAUUUAAGAAUAAGUAAUUUAAGUUGUAAAAUAAUAACCAGAAAAGGUUUAAGGUAUGGUAGAUGAGUAUCAUGAGAAGCUAGAUCAGUAAUAAAUUAAAUAAAUCUUAGACAUGCCUCUUUGAUAAAAAAGAGUGUCAAUUAAUAAGAACAUUAGUUUAAUGAACGUUUGAGAAAGAGAAGUAUAAAUAAAAAAUCCCUUUCACGGUGUAAUUCAAGUGGAAUAUUGGAAUAAAAUAAAUGAC